AUGGAGAUCUACCUCGAGAUUGAUGGUAUCCGGUUGGUGAGAGGAUCCAGCCGCUGUUCUGGUGAGCUCCACGUGAAGCUCCAGGGAGUUUGGACAGAUGUUGAAAACCUUUACUGGGACCUGAAACUGAAGAAAUGUUUAACAAAAAGGUUCACAGUUGCGCCUUCCAGUUUGAAGAUCAUCUGCUCAGACUCUGUCAGGCUGGUGAAUGGGAAGAGUCUGUGUUCAGGCAGACUGGAGGUGAAGUCCAACCAGUCGUGGUCCUCAGUGUGUGAAGAUGACUUUGACCUGCAGGAUGCUGAGGUGGUCUGUAGGGAGCUUGGCUGUGGGACUCCUUCAGUCUUCCAGGGGGCGCUCUAUGGAGACGUGGAGGCUCCGGUGUGGACCAAAGAGUUCCAGUGUGGAGGCCAUGAGUCUGCUCUCCUGGACUGUGACAGCUCAGACUCAGAUAGGAACACCUGCUCACCUGGCAAAGCUGUUGGACUCACCUGCUCAGAGCCUGAUGAUGUCAGGUUGUUAGGAGGAUCCAGUCGCUGUGAUGGUACGCUAGAGAUGAAACAACAUGGAGAGUGGAGACCAGUGGCUCAUGAAGUCUUUGAAUGGAAACAGAAGGUAGCAGCUGCAGCGUGUAAGCAGCUGGACUGUGGUUCUGCUGUUUCAACAAACAUAAGCACCAGUUCUUCAUCGAAGUCUGUGUGGUGGAUCGAACAUUCUUGUGUUCAGUCUGAUUUGAUGCUACGGGAGUGUUUGGAGCUACCUAGUAUCCAUCAAAGCUACAUCAGCCUGGAGGUGAUCUGCUCAGGUAACCCUGAACAGUGACAGUCACAUCCUUAACCUUUUCAAUUAGCAGUUGCUCACUAAGUCCUCCAUAUUAAAUAUGAAUCCAAGAGUCCUCCAUUUCCCAUGGCUCCUGCUAAUGAACAAAUCCUGUUAUCUUACUGGGCUCAGUUUUCAUCACUUUGACAAAACAAAUAAAGAUGAUUCAUGUUUCAUCUUC